ACACUACUAGAGUUGGCAGUUUCUCCUUUUCUUCUUCUUGCCAGGGGCCAUCGCGUCUUACUCUUCUCUCAGAUGACCCAGAUGUUGGAUAUUCUCCAGGACUAUAUGGACURCAAAGGUGACUCCCCUUGGCCACUACAUCAUCUGAGAGUCAUAAGGGGUGUGGGAAGGUUACCGAGGAWAAGGUUAAAGACAAAGAAGGUGAAAAGGCUGAGGAGAGUGGACAGUGGUGUGCGAAGCAAGAUCCACAGCAGGCUCCCGUACAGGGCUGUGAAAGUGAUCCGGCUGAUUGGCCGAGACACGGUGGAAGAAGUAGUUUAUAGGAAAGCCGCCUCCAAACUGCAGCUCACCAACGUGAUCAUAGAAAGAGGCCAUUUUACUCUGGGAGCCCAGAAACCUUUGGCUGAUCCUGACCUCCAGUUGAGUGACAUACUGAAAUUUGGCUUGGAUAAACUGCUGUCUUCUGAGGGGAGCACCCUGGAGGAGGUAGACCUGGAGUCCAUCCUGGGAGAGACGGAAAACGGCCAGUGGGCCUCUGACGCCCUGCCUGCAGCUGGAGGAGGGAUCAGAGAGCGGGAGGAAGGAAAAAGCCAUAUGUACUUAUUCGAAGGUAAAGAUUAUUCUAAAGAGCCCAGUAAGGAAGACAGAAAAUCAUUUGAACAACUGGUGAAUCUUCAGAAAACCCUUUUGGAGAAAACAAGUCAAGAAGGCCGGUUACUCCGAAAUAAAGGCAGUGUUCUUAUCCCAGGCCUAGUGGAGGGGUCCACCAAAAGGAAGCAGAUUCUGAGCCCAGAAGAACUGGAGGAAAGACAGAAAAGAAGACAAGAAGCAGCCGCCAAGAGAAAGAGAUUAAUAGAGGAAAAGAAGAGGGCAAAGGAAGAGGCUGCACAUAAGAAAAAGAUGGCUUGGUGGAAGUCCAACAACUACCGGUCCUUCUGCCUGCCCUCUGAGGAGAGUGAGCCUGAAGACCUCGAGGACGAGGAAGACAGGGGUGCUGCCGAGCUGGGCUGCGAAGACCCAGACCCAGCCUCCAUCAAGUAUGUCAGCGGUGACGUCACACACCCUCAGGCCCAGGCCGAGGACGCCUUCAUUGUGCAUUGUGUAGAUGACUCUGGCCGCUGGGGCAGAGGUGGCUUAUUCACGGCUCUGGAAGCACGAUCAGCUGAGCCAAGAAAAAUAUAUGAGCUGGCAGGAAAAAUGAAAGACUUGAGUUUGGGAGGUGUCCUUUUAUUUCCUAUUGAUGAUAAAGAGUCAAGAAACACAGGGCAAGAUCUGUUAGCCCUGGUAGUGGCUCAGCACCGUGAUCGCUCCAAUGUCCUGUCUGGCAUUAAGAUGGCAGCCCUAGAAGAGGGCCUCAAGAAGAUAUUUUUAGCAGCAAAGAAAAAGAAAGCAAGUGUUCAUCUUCCACGCAUCGGUCAUGCCACCAGGGGUUUUAACUGGUAUGGUACUGAGCGACUUAUUCGGAAACAUCUGGCUGCAAGAGGCAUCCCAACUUACAUAUAUUACUUCCCUAGAAGCAAGACUGCUGUCCUUCAUUCCCAGUCCCCACUUUCCUCCUCAGCACAGCAGGUGCCUUAAUAGGCCCUGCACCAGAUCCAGUAGUUAGCAGCCAGCUAUCAAGAUCUUGGCCCAGGGGCUGGAGUUGUGGCUCAGUGGUAGAGGCUCACCCAGCACGGUCAAGGCCCUGGGUACAAUUAAUUAAAGAUAUUAUAUCCAGACUGACUGUCAUGAGUAUCUUAGAAAAGAAUUGGGCCAGGCAUCAUAGUGCACACCUAUAAUUCCAGUGACUCAGAAGGCUAAUGUAGGAGGAUUGCAAGUUCAAGGCCAGCCUCAGCAACUAGCAAAACACUAUCUCAAAAAGGACUGAGGAUGUGGUUAAGCAUCCCUCGAUUCAAUCUCAAUACCAAAAAAAAGGGGGGAGGGGGUUGGGGAGCAUUGGGAUAGUGUUUUUCUAAUUCUAACUUUGUUCUCCUAGAUGUGUUACUCUGAUAUGGUACCUGUAAUAGAGGAUGCACAACUUAUUUGGGAAAGUUAUUUGAUCUCAGUUUGUAUAACUAUUUGCAUAAUGAUAAAUAUUCUGGUCUCUUUGCCAUUUUAUUCUUUUCCUCUAUAUCUAGGUUUUUUCCUCCUUCACCAGAUGUUUUCUUUACAGAAGGAAAGACUGUCUGGAUUAAGGAGAUACAGAGGAAAUAGAACAGGGUGUCUGGGAGAAGGAAGCACCUUCAGGUAAUUCAUGCCUGCAAGAGACAGCCUCAGGAAUAGAGCUGAGAAGAGAGUCUAGAUCCAGACAAGUGAAGCUUCUCCUGCCCUUCUUUUUGCACUGCUUAGUAUCUCAGUCUGAAAAAAACACUUUGGCCGAGAGGCCUGUCAAUGCAACUUCAGAAAAAACAGUGAAUCUCCUUUCCCCUACCCAUUAAAUCCAUUUCAGCCUCAACACAUGAGAGAAUUGUGAAAAUGGCACAAAGCAGGCAUAGAAUGACUAGUGGUGUUGGAGAAGGUCGGGCCGAGAACCACGGCAAAGAGUCACAGGGGUAAACCCAAGUCUGACUUUUCCCACUUCUGUAUGUGAAGGCUUCGUCUUGGGCGCUGUCCUCAGCCAGCCUGAUUUCUGCCUCUUUGAGGCCGUCAACACCCUGAGUGCUGCAGAGUCCUUGUCAGAGGUCUCAGACAGGGGCCUUUGAUGCAGGAAAACCUCACAGAGCCAGGAUCAUGAUCUAAGAAGGUAGUACUUCCAGUACUUUAUGAUUCUGUUCAACUCCCUACCUAUACCUUCAUCCUUCGGCAGCUUAGCAUCUGUGCCAGAGAUGAGUUAGACCCCAAAUUCAUGAUUGCUUAUUCUUUUCUCCCCAAUUGCAUUUAACUGCCUCCUGUCCACUUUUCUUUCCACCAAUACUUAACACAUAGGUUAUUUUUUUAGUUGACAAUAUUACUUGUUCUUACUAGGAAUACAGUAUUCUAAUUUGACACAUGUAUCUCAUAUAAUUGGUCAUGAUAUAUAAUAGCCAAGUUGAAGGAAUCAGUUAGCAUUUCCGUCUCCUCAAAUAUUAUUUCUGUGUGCUGGGAUCCUUCAGAGUUUCCUCUAGUUAUUCUGUCACGUAUAAUUGUUAUAGACUGUUUUCACUAUGCCACAGAACACUGGAACUACUCCCCUCUCCACCCAUGGCAUUUUGGUACCCAUUAUCACCCUCUCCAAAGCCCCCAUUUUUCUACCCUUCCUAGCCUCAAGCAACCUCUGUCAUUCUAUCUACUUCUAUGUAAUCAGAACUUUUAGCUUCAACAAAUGAGUGAAAACCA